AUGAGUUAUUCACCAAAAAAACUCUCACCACUUGAUGAUAUCAGACAAAAGACUAGCAGCUGCAAAGGAGAUGAAAUUAAGAGGAGUUCAGAUGAAUAUCUGAAUAUGUUUCUUGGAAAAGAAGGAAAUGAAAGUGUUCUGUCAUUAGACUCUCUACAAACAACCGAGAGAUUGCUCGACAGAUUGGAUCUGAGUACGGAAGAUGAAGCACUUUUACAACAAGCACUCAGGGAAGAGGAGACAAGAAGAACGCAGCUACAAGAUCUCAAGCAGAAACGCGUUUUAUGUAUGCCUGCAUCUGGUUUUCCAUCUCUAAGACACGCUGGCGGGUCUGGAAAUCACUCUAAUUUAAUUGAUCAUAAUUCGACGAUGCACAUCAUCAAUGGACUCUCGAAUAAAGAAAAGGUGCGCCCCUCAAAUAGAAAUGCAAUUGAAUUACAUUUCUCAAAAUACAGAUAUUCUUACUUGGUGGAAGAGGAAAGUGAUGCAGAGGAAAAUGACGGACUUAAUCCAGAUCAAUCAGUUAUCAAUCAAGCAGUAAGUAUUGAUAAGUUUCGUCUCAAGAAUUAUCAAUAUACCUCUAAAAUGGAUACCUUAACUGAAACAUACGAGCGACAGAAUUAUUCUUUUCCUGCUCCUAAUCGACCAACAUUAAAGACUAGCCAGCAAAGCCCAUUCCAUACCCCCAAAGGAAGCAUAUCUUCUAUUGAGAGUAAGUACUUGAUUAAACCUAGUACUCAGUCCUCUGGUGAUAGUGAUUUGUCUAAAGCGAGCGAUGUCCGUGUUCCUCAUUAUAACAGUACUUAUAAUUUCUCUACUCCGAGGAAAUCUAACUCUAACUCAAGCAUUCAGCAAGAUAUCAGUUCUCCAUCAAAGAGUGUUAGCACUACCAAGACGCAUAAAAAGAAAUCCUCAUUUUCGUUGAAGAAUUUGUUCAGAUCUCCCAAGGUAGAAUCAAUAAAAUCGCCAAAGAAAGAUUACUCCACAUCGUUGGAGUCCACUCCAGUAUCCAAGAAUUUCAGGUUUCCGUCAAAUCAGCAAGAUUUUUACUCUCAAAGCUCGUCACCCUCUCCUUAUACUGCGUCAGAUUCACAUACACCAAACCAACAGGAAAAACAUAACCAAGGACAUAAACCUGAUAAUAACUAUUCGCUCAAUAUCUCAGACGAUCGUGCAAGUGAGAUCACUGAGAGUUGUUUUAAGUCUUCGAUGGGAUCAAUUAGUCAGAGAAAGCUAUCACUGAAUAGGGAAAAGAGCAUGGAAAGUACCUCACACACUGAUUCACCAAAACUGCAAAGUGGUACAGCAUAUUCCAAUUAUUUGAAUCAUGAACAGGAUUUAGUCCCAGAAAGAAGAAUUAGGACCGCAAUUGAGUUGAGGAAUCGUGGCCAUCUGAAAGAAUCCACGGAGCAACUAAGAGCUCUUUGUAAUGGAGGUUACCGAAUAGGGUAUCUACUUUAUGGACUGGCCCUGAGACACGGGUCAGGAACGAAGCAGGACUAUAAAUCGUCUUUCAAGUACCUCAAAAUGGCUGCAGACAUACAAUCAGAGGAGCUACAGAUUUUUGAUAGAGCAAUAAAUCCAUUUGAACUGAAUGAUGUUCCAUACGAUCCUCCUGAACCUUUAGCCCCAGCCUUGUAUGAAUGUGGAAUUUGCUAUUUGAAGGGAUACGGGGUCGAAUUUAUAGAUGAAGUCAAAGGUUUGAAAUACUUGGAAAUUGCUGCUUCAUUGGGUCACAUUGAUUCUAUGUGUUUAAGUGGUACGAUCUGGUCCAAAAAGUCAAGAAACCGCAAAAAAGACAGUGCCAGAGCAGCAGCAUGGUUCAGGUUAGCAGACAAAAGAGGAGCUACUUUGAUUGGUGCAGAAUGGAUAUAUAAAGACAAGUAUAUGAAACCUCGAAAGAAGUAA